CUUUUCCAUAUACAAAACUUGCACGAGCAAGUAGCAUGCUUCGGGAGACCUUGCUGGAAUCCGAGAAGUCUCCGAGCAGAGAUCCCGAUUCCCCGAGAUCUCAAUUCUUCACUAGCAAGAAGAAUCCCUGAUUGGAAUUUUUAUAUAGCUUCUACAUAUUUCUAAUUAUUUUCAAUCUCUGAUCUCUUCAAUUGAAAUCCAUUCUUUAAAUCAAUCAAUAAAAUCAAAAUACGGACAGAAAUGGGUUGUUUGCAAUCAAACCCAUUUCACAGGAUACCCUUUUUCCUUAUCCUUUUCUUCUUUCUUUCGUUCUCAUUCCCUCAUAUUUUAGCCCAGGAAUCUGAUGGUGAUGAUGCAAUUAAGGAUCUGGGUCGGCGUAGCAAAAUUUUUGUGGAUAAGAUAAAGACUGGUAUCGUAAGAGAUGAGAAAAACCCCGAUUCCAUUAAUGUUGGUGUUGGCCUGGACUCUGGUCUGGGAAUAUUCGAUGCUUUCUUUGCGAGUUUCUCCAUGAUUCUUGUCAGCGAGAUUGGAGAUGAAACCUUUAUUAUAGCAGCUCUCAUGGCAAUGCGUCAUCCCAAGUCAAUUGUUCUAUCUGGUGCACUCAGUGCCUUGUUUGUGAUGACAAUACUUUCGACUGCUCUUGGUAGGAUUGUACCAAAUUUGAUAUCAAGGAAGCAUACUAAUAGAGCAGCCACAGUUCUUUAUGCCUUUUUUGGACUGCGACUACUUUAUAUUGCAUGGAGAUCAGCAGAUUCAAAAGCUUCCCAGAAAAAAGAAAUGGAGGAAGUAUGUUUCUCUAAUUUGAUAUGUAACAUUCUGUAUCUAUUUCAUAUUAUAAAUAUCUUUGCUAUAAAUGAGAUUUGUUCUACUUUUCCACAGCUAGCUACUCACAAAAGUGCUAUCGGAGUAGCAGUAGGGGCCGUUAUAGGACACGCGAUUUGUACAUCAUUAGCUGUUGUGGGUGGAAGCAUGCUUGCAUCCAAGAUCUCCCAACGCACUGUUGCCGCUGUCGGUGGGCUACUUUUCCUUGGUUUUUCCUUGUCUUCGUACUUCUAUCCUCCUCUUUGACCAUGGAAGUUUUAUCCAUCAACUACGUUCUUUAGGAGAAAUCGUGCUAUGUUUUUUCAAGUCGAUGUCUGUUAGGAAAAGUUGAACGCCACAAGUGCGGAUUUUUUAUGGAGUAUAUUGUAUACAUAUCAACAUUAUGGUACAAUUUAUUUGUGUCCAGUUCUGAAUGAAGGUCAAUAGUAGUACUUUGGUUCUUUA